GAGAGAGCGAGAGAGAAUAAGCAACUUUAUUUCCAGGCAUAGCGGUGUCUCCUCCGGCACAGUGUGGUAAGAGAAAAAAAGCGUUAAUGGUCGCGAUCAGCGCGUCUUUCAUCCUCUCAAGUGCAUUAGAGGCACGCACGACGAACGAACACUGGCGAUGAGAGUGGAUCAUGUUCCAUGUUUCGUUUUGACGGAUUUUAAAUAGAGAUGAGGCGUUGAAAUUCCCGACGAGCCUGUACAUCUUCAUCAAUGUGCCCGAGAUGACAUUGAGGAUACCAUAGCAGGACUGUCAGCUCGGGCCGUCAAUUUGCAGGAAAAUGCAUCUUUGGAUUCCAUGUGUUUUUUUACUAAGUGCAGCCUCCGUGUGCACCGCUGAGAUGUUUGGCAGUUAUGGAGAAAUAUGUCAGAAACAAUGUGCCUGUGAGGAGAGAGAGGGGAUACUUACAGUCAGCUGUGAAAACAGAGGAAUUGUAAGCCUCUCAAACAUUAAGCCAGUGAACUUCCCCCAGUAUCAUCUGCUGCUUACAGGGAAUCUUUUGGAAAAGCUGUCUGCCAAUGACUUUGUUGAUUAUAAAGGACUUACAAUACUACACCUGGGAAAUAAUGACUUAUUGGAGGUUGAAGCAGGAGCUUUCAAUGGACUGCAGGGAUUGAAACGUUUACAUCUCAAUAACAACAAACUUGAUGCCUUGAAGGAAGAGCUUUUCUUUGGUCUUGAAAGUCUGGAGUAUUUGCAAAUUGAUAGUAACUUUAUCACACAUGUGGCGCCAAAUGCCUUCAGCAGGCUUCUAGAUCUGGAAGUCCUGAUUCUAAAUGACAACUUAAUAUCAACUCUGCCUGUGAAUAUUUUCCAGCAUGUUCCAUUGACUCAUUUGGACCUGAGGGGGAAUCAGCUCAAAGUACUGCCCUACUCGGGUCUGCUGGAGCACAUGAACAGUGUAGUGGAGUUACAGCUGGAGGAGAAUCCGUGGAAUUGCUCCUGUGAGCUGAUUGCGCUCAAAACCUGGCUCGAGAGCAUAUCGUACACAGCUUUAGUCGGCGAUGUGGUGUGUGAGUUCCCUUUUCGGCUCCACGGGAGAGAUCUUGAUGAGGUCUCAAAACAGGAGUUGUGCCCGAGGAGGGCCAUUGCUGAAUAUGAGAUGCCACUGCUGCCACAUCUGAGCAGUGAUGCAUACUACAGAACCACGUCCGCUCUACUUACAACCUCCAUGACUUCAUCUGGGAUUGCACGCUCCUCAUCAAGACCCACCAAGGCACCUCGACAUUCAGGCAAAUUAAAAUCAAGACCCACAGCGCGCGUCCCGUCUAAUAAGCCACAAAAUUAUGGCCAAAUUAUUUCCUAUCAGACAAAAUCCCCUGUGCCUUUAGAUUGCCCGACUGCCUGCACUUGCAAUCUCCAAAUUUCUGACCUGGGCCUGAAUGUGAAUUGCCAGGAGCGAAAGAUUGAGCAUAUAUCAGAUUUGAAUCCCAAACCUUACAAUCCCAAAAAGAUGUAUCUCACAGGGAAUUACAUCCCUGCUGUGCGUCGAUCAGAUUUUACGGAGGCAACUGGAUUAGACUUGCUUCAUCUUGGUAACAAUCGAAUAGUUCGCAUACAUGACAGAGCCUUUGGGGAUUUAACACACCUGAGACGACUUUACCUGAAUGGGAAUUUAAUAGACCGUCUUACGACUGAUAUGUUUUAUGGUCUGCAAAGCCUGCAGUUCUUAUAUUUAGAAUACAACGUCAUUAAAGAGGUUGCGUCUGACACCUUUCAGCAUGUACCCAAACUUCAGCUUCUUUUUCUGAACAAUAACCUUUUGAAAACUCUACCCGUGGGAACAUUUAGUGGCCUGACAUUAGCCAGACUCAAUCUCCGCAACAACCACCUGCGAUACCUGCCAGUCAGUGGCGUACUAGAUCAGCUUACAGCACUGGUGCAAGUCGACCUGUUCGAGAAUCCGUGGGAUUGUUCGUGCAGCAUACUGGAGUUAAAGAUGUGGCUGGAGCAGCUGAGCACUGGCACAGUUGUAAACAAUGUCAUCUGUGGUUCGCCUAAGAGGCUCGCCGGGGAGGAUAUGAGAUACAUUAGGGCGGCUAAUUUCUGCCCUAAUAACUCUGAUAUACUUGCCUCCAUGAUCCCACCCUCGGAAGAAUCUUUCCCCGGCAGCACUAUCACCAUAGAAACAUCCUUGGACUCGGACAGACAAUACAGUGCCAUUCCUUUAUCUGUAAUGAUUCUUGCCCUUCUCCUCAUGUUCAUCGUGUCUGUGUUCGUGGCUGCAGGAUUGUUCGUGACAAUGAAAAAGAGACACCAAAAGAGUCAAAAUGAGCAGAAUAACUCCAUGAACGCUUGCAUUAGCUCUCUCAACAUGGAAUAUGGCCUUUACAAAAAGGGAUCCAUUCCCAAAGUGCGGACUUCUGGUGGACAUGUAUAUGAGUACAUCCCACCUCCCACAGAAUCCACAGGCAGAGGUGCUGUUCACACAGCGACAGACAGCAAAUCAGUGGACGGAUUUCGAGACUUCGAUGAGUUGAGUGGUGUUUUUCUGGGUAACUCAGAUGAAGAGGUGGUCAGUAAUAUAAUAGGCUCAGAAUACAGUGCCACCACUCCCGAGCCUCUUAAUAAGCCCUCCAGCCCUCACAGUGAUGAUCAAUGUUACUACAGAGAUGUGCUUGAGCCGGACAAGCAUGUGCGCUACAGCAAUACACUACCAUGCAGGCACACGGUGCACUCAUCCAGUCCGUAUACCUCAGACUUCGAUGCAAAGCAUCAGUAUGUGCAGCCGGAGAGAAUGCAACAGACGAUACUUUAUUGUGCAGCACCGAGUGCUGUUUAUGUGGAGCCCAACAGAAGCGAGUACUGGGAACUUAAAGCAAAGCUUCAUAUUGAUCCUGAUUACCUUGAGGUUCUAGAAAAACGAACCACGUUUACACAGUUCUAAGAGACUCGGCAUGUACAGGACAGGCAUGGUGGAAGCAUCGCUGCGUUCGCUUUAAUCAGGAAUCAGCCCUCGUGAAAAUCAUUUUUCUCACCUUUUAUUAAUACAGUGUGAUGUGCAUUGUGAUAAACAAUAUGCAUUUGUGAGAAUUGUGCUUCACAGAAGUGAAUAUUAAAAGGGGAACACUACUCAUUUUCAUUAUCAUACCUUACACCUGAGGUGUAAACAGUUUGGUGAAGAUUCAUAAACAAAGAACUGUGUAUUCAACCCUUUUAUGACUCAUAAAAACAGAUAUGUUUGUUUCCUAAAGCACACCCGGGGUUUUUUUUUAUAGACGUAUGACUCCCAGUUGUGUCUCUUCAAAUUUAUGCAAGAUAAAGCUAAUGCACAGCACUGAAUCAAAUUUAUUCUGCAAAUAAAAUGAUCAGUGACCUGAGUAUCUGUUAAGAUAUAUUGUGCUCUGGGGAAAUAUGGAGUCAUUUAUACAUUUAUUAACACAGGGUGCACAGCUUCAGGAUGAUAAUAUUCUAAAACCGUUAGAACAUACAUGAAAUAUUAUCCUGGAAUAUCUCAAAACGCAGUGUGUGAGGCCACAGUCCAGAGCACACUGCAUAUACAAACAGGGUUUGUGAAAGUCUGUGGUGUUCCUCAAAAGUCUCACCAUCUGCAGACCAACUGCACUUUUGGAUUCUGGUCACAUGUUGCACUUAUGUAGAGUUGGAUAUCAGUAUUGUGACGAUACAAAGAAAUGUUGUCACUGAAAGAUUAGAACUGCAUUGUAACAUGAAAGACUAUCAGCUUUAUAUGUCAAAUGUGUACUAAAUGCAUUGUCGGGGAUUUUUAGGGGAACAUUUGGCUUAAAACACACUUGAUGUUGACGUUCAUCAUGGAUGAACAACGACGAGUGUCUCCAUCUGUACCACUACCAAAGCACUUCAGACACAGGCUUAUAAUAUAUGCAAAUUCUGAUGCCCAGAAGGUACAUGAAAACCCAAUCCUGUGUUAUAUUGCACCCUUACAGCUUCUUCUUUUUUAUGAUGUCUGAAAAUGUCCCAAAUGUUUUCCAGUUGCAUUAUGUCUGAGUGGAUUGACAAUACAAUAACAGUCAAAUAGCCAUUUUCCUAUACGUUUGAAUUUCAGCUUAAUAUGUUAAAAAUUGAAUACGGGCAUCAGGGCCAUAAACUCGCAGUAUUUUAAAUGACUACAUAUUUUUAUACAGACAGAUUCAGACUUUUUUUGGGGGGAGCUUUUGUCAUUUUUCUUUUCGAAAGAAAAUGCACUAUCGACUUAUACAGGUCAAUGAUGAUGUCACUUAAAUGCACUGUAUGGUAACACGUGCAUAUAGCCAUAGGAGUAUAGGCUUGAUAACUGCAUACAUCCAAGUAACACAUGUUUGAAAUCAUUUCUUGAGAUUUAGUUUCAAAGAUAUCAAAUUUCAAAGGAAAACAUGUUACCAUGCAUAGAUUAUUUAUACUUAGACAAUCUGUACAAAAUGCCCCCAAAAAAACAUCAUUUUUGUACAACCUUACAUGAUUUUAAUGACAUGUGUUGUGUACAUCUGUACGUUCAGCACGACAAUGGGAAACGCUGCAACAUUGAGCGGCAUUGUUUGGGGUUUUUUUGUGUGUAGGCUCAAAGGAAACCUGACAAUUUUUCUUUUAAGUCUCCUUUCGCUCCUUUCAGGGAGGGAUUGGUGGGCACUUAAAAACAUGUGUGAACGGGAGCAAGAGCUUUAGCUGUUCGAUUGAAAUGCACUGCAAAUGAAAGCGGGAGCUGAAUGAUAGUCAUCUUUAUGCAUGAAAAUGCUUUAUGCUCCGAAAGAAAGUGAGCACAUCAUUCAGUCAGAAUGCGGUGUUACCAUUUUCUGGGUCGAGUAUUGUAAGCCAAGAAAUGUGACUUACAAAAUCAAAUCGUGAGUUUAAUACACAGAAUAAAUUCACAUUAUUCGCAGUAGUUUGCACCAAACCUGUCAUCUUAACUCAGCUAAUUAGAGAACAUGGUGUAUCUGGAUCCUGUCAGCAUGUCUCAUCAUAUUACUCUGCCGCAUUAGUCAUGGUGUUUAUCGAGGAUAUGGUCUUGGUUUCUUUCGCCUUUUACGUUUUAGCGUCAUUUUGUGAUUAUUUUGUCACUUCUCUGUCUGCUCUUUGAACAAAAGGAAUGAAAUCUACACAGUGAUGCAUGAUGUAAACCUGCACAUGUUUGUACACUAAAACGUGUUAAGUGUAGGACUGUUUUGUAUCAGUAUGUUGCUGUGACGUGUGUGGUGAAAGCACUGUAAACCUGCAAACACACACAGACAGAUACUCAAUGUUUUUUUACCAUACAGAGUCAAUUUAGCGGUUUUAGCUCCAAAACUUGUUUUUUUAUAUACUAUCUGGUACACAAAUUAACACAGGGUUUGCCAUUCUAUUCAGUGUCCAACUCAGAUUCAAUUUUAACAUUUUCUUUGUAAGAUUCUUUUAAAUGUUACUGUGCAAUGGAACAAGUAUUUACUGUGUACAGAAGCAAUUUAUGAUAAUAUCCUUUCUCUUUCCUCUUUUUAUUAUUGAUCACCAAAAUAUUGUUUUCUUGUGUGUAUACAGUAUGUGUGUGAAUACUGAUAAUCCAAAAACAAUCGAAAUGUGAUUGCCCUUGGGCAUAUGUAUUGUACAUGAGCAAAUAUUUUAUUUGCAAAGACGAUGAUGUCUUUCGAUGUUAUUCUCCUACUCCAAGUAUUAUGUUUGCUUUUGUCACUUGAUUUUCAUAUGAAGCAGUGGUUUUCUAUGUCGGUCUCUAAUUUGUAAAAAGAACACUACAUCAGCAUUUUCAUGCAAAGCUACGUUAGCUCUAAAAAUGCAAAAAAAAAAACUUGCCUAUAUCGCAAAAACACAGUCCAACAACGGUGUGCUGUUUAUUUAGUUGUCAGCUGAUGAUUAAAAGAUAUGCAUUCAUUUGAUUAUA